GCGCAGAGGUCGUAGGAAGCAGAUUUAUAACGACUACAUCCCAUACAUGGGGACCUGGGGAUAUGGAGGCUAUGGUGGAGGCUAUGGAGUAUACGGAGGAGAUCAUACUCCAUUUACAAAGAUGUUUGGGCCCGACUACGACACACCAAACUCCAUCGAAGAAGCCACGCGAGCGCACGUCAAAGCAGUCAAAGACUAUGAAAAAGCACAGGAGGUGUUCCAAGAAGCAAAGAAAAAGUUUGAGGGAUGCGAGAAAGCGAAGAAGGAGGCCGAAGAAAGACUGAACUGGGCGAAGCACCAGUAUCAGUGGUGUUGAUGCGACGUGACAUAUGGGGACUGGUGAGACGGCACAAACAGACAACACUGGAUUUUUAUUUCAUAGCUCUAACGAGUUUUGCGGCUUUGGGGAUUAUUGAUGCGACUGUAGUUCACUUAUUCCGUAAUCUGAG